UGCCCCGCCCUCCCUCGGCGCGCGCCGGCGUCGGCUGCGUCUCCGGGCAUUUGAAUUGCGCUUCCGCCAUCUUUCCAGCCCUCAGUCAGACGGGCCGGAGACGCUUCUGGAAGCACCAGCGCCAUGGCUGCCCAGGGAGAGCCCCAAGUCCAGUUCAAACUGGUGCUGGUCGGCGACGGCGGCACCGGGAAGACGACGUUCGUGAAGCGUCACCUGACGGGUGAAUUCGAGAAGAAGUAUGUAGCCACCUUGGGCGUGGAGGUCCACCCGCUCGUGUUCCACACGAACAGGGGCCCCAUCAAGUUCAACGUGUGGGACACGGCCGGCCAGGAGAAGUUCGGCGGGCUGCGGGACGGGUACUACAUCCAAGCCCAGUGUGCCAUUAUAAUGUUUGAUGUCACGUCAAGGGUUACUUACAAGAAUGUGCCUAACUGGCAUAGAGAUCUGGUACGAGUGUGUGAGAACAUCCCUAUUGUGCUGUGUGGCAACAAAGUGGACAUUAAGGAUAGGAAAGUUAAGGCAAAAUCAAUUGUCUUCCACCGAAAGAAGAAUCUUCAGUACUAUGACAUUUCUGCCAAAAGUAACUACAACUUUGAAAAGCCCUUCCUGUGGCUUGCUAGAAAACUAAUUGGAGACCCUAACUUGGAGUUUGUCGCCAUGCCCGCUCUUGCCCCACCAGAGGUUGUCAUGGACCCAGCUUUGGCAGCACAGUACGAGCAUGAUCUAGAGGUUGCUCAGACAACUGCUCUCCCGGAUGAAGAUGAUGACCUGUGAGAACGUGCAGCUGGAGCCCAGCGUCAGAAGUCUAGUUUUAUAGGCAACUGUCCUGUGAUGUCAGUGGUGCAGCGUGUUUGCCACUUUAUUAUAUAGCUGAGCAGAACAUGUGCUUAAUCUUUGGGAUGCUGAAGGAGAUGAAUGGGCUUCGGAGUGAAUGUGGCAGUUUAAAAAGUACUUUCAUUUUUUGGACCUGCAUAUUUAGCUGUUUUGGAACGCAGUUGUUUCCUUCCUGAGUUUCAGAUACGAGACUGCUAUAGUCCCAUCACAAUAUCAAGUGGUGAAAUCUCGUUUGUCACUGUCAUUCCCAUUCCUUUUCGUUUAGAAUCAGAAUAAAGUUGUAUUUCAAAUAUCUAAGCAAGUGAACUCCUCCCUUGUUUGGUAAGCAUUUUAAGACCACUAACAGGGAAAGUUGUGCCAUGUUAACUGUUUAAAUUGCCUUUGCUAUUCUCACUUAAUUUGAAGCCUUGCAAGUUAAAUUCUUAUGUCUGUUUCUUGUACGUUUGAAUCCUCUCACAAAAGCGAUAGGGCAGGUGUCAGCAGUAUUGUUUGGUAAGUUGACGAGGUGUGAACGCCAUCGGUGUGGUUAAGCUCAAAUAAUGUCUAUCCCACCUGCCUGUUGACUAGGUGGAGUCACCUGGGGAAGAGCUUGAGACUUCGGUGACCUGUCAGAACAAAACUGCAUGUUUUAGACUGUCCGGAUAUAGGCAUUUUAAGAAUUAAACAGUUGCUGUUAUUUCGUGGCAGAAGUAACCGGGCUCUGAUGUAGGCAUUUUCAGAGUCCGGUCAACCCAUACAAAUGAUGAGAGGAACUUUGACAGAAGUCUCAAAUAUUUGUUAAAAAUGAGUGUAAGUUAUGCAUUUAUUUGCUUUUUGUUUUAAUGUUACACGUUUAAUGUAAAAUUGGUAUUCUAGAAAGAUGUUCCACGUUUACCCGCUGCUCUCAAGUAUUCCCAAGCUUUAAAGAUGCCGAACAUUAAGGAUUUAAGUUGGACACCUCACAGCUUUGAUGCUUUUUUUCUGAAGGAUUUUUGUGGCCAGUUUCAAGGACACACAUACUAAACAGAAGAGUAGACCUUAGAAUGGCUCCUCAGUAAACGUGAAACAUUGCAAAAGUUUCAUUGGAUGAGACCAUUUAUGUUUGUGUGAUUUCCACAUUUAAAAAUGAGUUGGGUCUAGUUUGCUUGAGUUUGACCCUGUCGGCACAAUACUGUAGCAGUUAGAGGAGCCUGAAGCGAUUUUGCUCAUAUGAGCACUGCUAUAGUUCAGUUUACCAAAGCUCUUUAGAUGUUCAUUUCUCCUUAAAUGAUUACUUCCUACCUAAAAAGAAGGUAGGGAUUGCUUAAAUAUAUGAAGAAAGUGAAAUACAAAGGAUAGAAUUGAAUAAAUUUCAAUAUUGAGUAAAUGUAUCUAUAGAUUUACUUACAGAUUUGAAUUGCUGUAUACAUUAUGCUAUAUUCGGUUCAAAACCAGAUUAAGUCUGGGACUUGAAAAGAUUCUUCCCCAAUUGGGAUGAAACCUUUUUCAGAUACAUAAUAGAAGGCAUAUGUGUUUGUGACCUGUGUGGAAUGCAAGCGUGACGUGACUACUCAGAAUCUGAAAUGUAACCGUUAAAUUUGGAAGCUGCUUCACUUACCUGUUUAAUAUGGGGUGGGAGAGAAUUUACAAGUCUUACUGAAAGAAAAAUUUGCUGCAAAAUAUAGUUUCUUUUUUGUCUGGA